UCGGAUCCGUAUAAAGCCAUUCCUUAGUGUCGGUGCUACCCACGCCAUGAGGCCUCCCGUUCAGCCCGCGGGAGGGAGGGGACCCGGCAGCUGCCCCGGUCUCCUCCGAUUCCCGGCUGUUUCCUAUAUGAGCAAUCAGCGGAGAGGUGGCGGCGUUUGUCAGGAGCACGUCGAGAGAACGAGUCGCUCCUGCUCGUCUUGGUGUGAAGAAACGGACGGUAACCAAGCUAAGGGACGUUUACCUGGUCGUUUCCCUCCGUGGAGUUUUAUUUGUGACAGGUUGAGAAAGAAGUCGAAAGUGAACAUGGAAGAUGGCGCCAAACAGGCUCAUACAUUCGGGAGCGGGCAGCCGAGGACGCGCCACCCCAGACCUUUUUUCUACGUGCAGCCUCCGUCUCAGCCUUACUACCUGUACCAACACUGGCAGCUGAACAGCCCGUACAGCCACUAUGGUUUGCCUGGGGGUUUUAACUUUGGCCGUCCCUGCAUACACCCUUACCAGUACAUGCAGUAUCCUGGCUUCGUCUUCCCACAUGCCUCCAUAUAUCCAGUGGAUUACAGGCGAAUCUUUGAACCCUGCUUCCCUGUUCCUGCCUGGGGCGACAUGCCUCGCCAGCAGCACAAUCCGCAGCCUCACGGGCGUCGAGAAACGGUCUGUUCAGAGGCUCAAACCGACCCCAGCGAUGCCAUAACGAAGCUCAUCGAAUGCCUGGAUAAAAUUCGGGUCAGCGAGCUGCAGGGCGCUGGGAGAGAACUGGACUCUGGUGUUGCCUUCCAGUGCUCUGGGAUGCUUUCUCCAGGAGUAGAGAAGAAAAACGGAGAGCAGGGUGCAGAACCCAACAGCCACAUGAUGUCACCAUCUCUGACCUUCACUGAGUCAACCACGGCAGUGUACGAUAGUGAGACCAGCCAGAGGAGCUUAGACAACCUGAGCCUUCAGGGCUGCUGGUCAGGAGAACUGAAAGAGGAGCUGCCUCUUGACAGCUCCUCUGUUCAUGAAGAGUGCCCUGAGCUCGAGCAGCUAGCAGGAGGGCAGCACUUCCUCCCACCUGAGGAGGAGGUCACGGGAAUCCAGUCAGAUGUCUUAGUGACCGAUCAGAGUGCUUCCAGACGUGACGCUGAAGAGCUCCUGACGUCAGCACAAUGUCUGGCACCUUUGUUCUCCUCCAACCAGCCUGUGCUUAACGAAACAAAGAGCAGCGACAAAGAGCAUCAGAUCCUGGCGGCCAAAUCCAAUCCGAGCUGUCAGAUCCUCAAGCUGCCCUUCGACACCGUUUUGACCCCCACGUCUGGCUGCCUCUCCUCUCCUGCAGCCCCCUACUACUACAACUACCUGUCCAUGCAGACUACCCAUGAGCGGCUGAGUGUUCUCAGUCCAUCUCUGGACGAGCUUUCCUCCAGAGACGAGAUGUUUUCCACAGACCUGGAGGAUGCGGACCUGUUCCCGAAGCACGUCUACACAGGCAGGACGCUCACAGAGAUCGUCGGCGCAUCACCUCCAGCUGCUGAGGAAGUAGAAGUGUGGCCGCCGGGCUCAAAGAGGUUUGUGUGUGCCUGCUGUGGGAAAGGCCUGGCAAAGGGCAGCUCCAAGAUCUACAGAGAUGAAGCCGGAGACACGGAGGAGGAAAGCCAGUACAGCAGAGGGUGUGAGCAACGUGUCCGAGUGGUUGUGAGGAAGCACUCUGCACCCAGGAAGCCUCAUUCUGUUCCACCGAGACAUGUGGCCAAACCUUGGCACAAACAAGGCCGGUACAAAGACCUUUCAGCUGCAGUUGACCAGGAGGAAGGUCAUGACCUCUGUAAGCAGGAGCCGGCCGGCGGUGACAGCGGGGACGUGUCUGGCUGUGAGCAGCAGUGCAGAACAUGCCAGGACCGACUCUGUCGACAAGAGCUUCCCACCUCAGACCAAGGCCAGUGGGGAGACUGUGACAUGAUCCCCAGGAGGAGACAAGAUGCUGCUGUGCAGCGACCAGAGAUGAACCAGAGGAAGCUGAUGUGCCACAGGACGAGAGAUACAAACGAGGAGGAGGAGGAGGAGGAGCAGCAGCUGCCGUCACACUGGGACAGAGGCUCCGCAGCGAGAAGGGAACCGAGACGUUAACGGCUCCAGACUGAUUGAAUGUCACAGUGUGUUGCGCUGUCCCCACAGAGGUGUGAAUGUUCCAGGAGGAGGAGUCUGAAGAGCACCAGGUGAAAUGCACAUGCACAGGAAGCUUCAGUUUGACUAAAGCAAAAAGAAAAAAGUGGCUUUGCACAAUUGAGGAUGAAUGAGUUUCACAGCCGGGCUAGAAGGUGUGUAGAGAUGGUGGUGUGCUGCUGUCUGGAGCCGCUCCAAUAAAGUGUUGUCAUUA